UAUCGAUAAAGUAACCAUAAUCUUCAGUGUCACAUCAGUGAACAUCAGUCCACGAUUUUUCACAAUUAAUCCCCGUGUGCAGUGUUUGUUCCUCGUACGUGGAUAAGUUCGAUAAAAAAUCCUCUGAAAAAUCUCGAAUUAGUGAGAGACUCUCCUUCAAUCCUGAGACCUCGACAUUUUUCACUGAUUUCUUCUUCGACUCUGAGAUCCCUCGAAAAAACAAAAAACUAAAUAAAUUAUCAUUUUCAUUCACAUGCAUUUACUUGCAUUUACAAGUACUCAGGAUUUUCUGGGUUGGCUGACGUCAGGAUUAAGCGAAGACUCAACGAAAAUUUUGACCAAUGGGAGGCAACAAUUCUACAAUGAAAUCCAGCGCUCCACCAAUGAUCGGCGCGAAGACGCGUGCCUCAGAGGAGAGUCGAGCUGAAGAGAUGAAACGAGAGCUCUCUGCGUUGAAUUUAUACGAGGGUGGGAUGACUAUGAAAGAGAUGUAUCACAUGUUAACAGCAGUGAAAGACUCCAUGAAGAAUCCUGGCGAUAUGAGUCGUGAAAAUUCGAUGGCCACGGAAAUGAUAUCAACUCCACCAGCAGAGCCCCCGUCCCAAAAGCCAGCGAGAUCGAGUCGAGACUCAUCCUCCCCAGAGCUAACAUCAGCAUAUUUCUCAACCCGCGUACGACCCACGACGAAAAAGCCAGAGGAAGAGGAUUUGGACGAUUCCCCAGAGUGCACGAGAAUGAGUCCAACUAUUGGUGCACUUCACAUACUGUCCCCCAGUCCCCCUAGGUUGGGGACCCUAAGCACAGCCCCAGCGGCAGUCCCACCCCUUCAGAGCACAACAAAUAUCCCGAAAAAAAUCCAGAAUACUCGGAAGCUGCCGCUGUCGAAAAUCGAGAUCUGGAAGAUCGAUCCUCUGGACUGCAAAACUGUGGACGUUCCCUUGAAGAAUCUCCAGAGAAACCAAAGCUCAAGGCCUCCCGUGGGCUUUCCCGUGGAGAAUAGAGUCCCUCAGAUACCCGAGACCAUCCGGAGAUUCAUAGACAUGAGUCUGCUGGAGUGCCACAAGUCUCACUACGAGAAUCACAAGUACAACUACAGUAUCGAGUUCGAGUGGGGGUCACCCAUCAAGGUGACAACAGGUCUCUUCAAAGAAUCUCCGGACAAGGACUUCAGGUCAGAGCGAGAGAUUCAAGAGUUCCGUCCAGGGCUGCGUUCCCGGGAUAUAUCCCCGAAGAAGUCAGAUGUCUUUGCAUUCAAUCAAUCUGACGACGACUCAGACGACUUCGAGAGGACACGCAAGCGGCCAAAAUCCUCGACCUCUGGUCUGCUGGGUCCAGUGUCAAGUCUCGCAGGUCGUCGUGAACGUGCACUUUUCAAAGCGAACAUUUCUCCACCACAAGAGCUUUCAAAAAGUGAAGAAAAGGGCCCGAAUUGGGAGGAAAGGCCUCGAGUCGUUCCCUCGAAGAAGCGAACCGUGAAAAACCGAGGACUAGCCACCCCAGAGGUCUCGAGAUCCACCCGCGAGGCUUUACAGGAGUUCGAGCCCCAGGAAAUUCCUGCUGAGUUAUCAAAAACAGCAUCUCCUCCCCCAAAGAACUCAGAGGCGGUUGACGUGUACCCCAGACGAAUAACUCCCCCCAAUCCAUCUCGUCCUCGAGGUCCCAAAGGAAAAAAGUUACUCUCAAUCCCCCGACUCCUGGGGAGCAGACCACAACUCACUGUGGAGAAGAUCCCCAGGAAGAAACCAGAGUCUCUAACUGAGGAGGAGAUCGAGUCCUCUGUAAUGACUGACGACGAGGAUGACGCACCGAUCGUCCCCCAGAAGACUAGUAAGAGGUCGGAGGCUGCCCUGGCACUUCUGGAAAGGGCCAGGCAGGAGGAUAUGACUGAGGAGAGGAGGAGGGUAGAGAUGGAGAGGGCCAGGGCGGAACAGGAGGACAGGGAGAAACAGGAGAGGAUCAGAAAAAGAAUCAGGGAGAACAAUGCCCUGAUAAAGGUCAAGCAGGAAGAGGCCACAUUAGAAAAAGAGAGAAGAGAAAGGUACAAAUUUGGGAUGGUCGUAAAUAUGGGUCGAAGAGUUGAACUCGAAGGAGACUCUGCCAAGAAAAAUGUAGAAAUUCUCGAAUGGGACUCGAACAAUCGAGCGACACCGACCGCUGACGAGGUCAGCAUGUUCCCAGAGGGCGAUGAGGAUAACCAGGAGGCACGGGAAGUGCAGUGCCCUAUGUGUCAGAAGUACUUUCCUCAGGGACGAGCCAUCGAGAUUCACGCUGACAGCUGUGCAGAUUCCUUUGGGGAUGGAGGAGAUGUAGUCGAUGUCGAAGAGGUCAAGGGGAAUCAUCCUCCAGGAAGAGGGAGAUUCUCCAAUCUCUUGGAGUGCAUGAGGUGUGGCAAAUUCCAGACAAGGGAUGGACACGAAUUCGAUGAACACACUGUGAAAUGUUUACGCAAUCAAGAGGUCCCAGGUGGAAGUAAAACUGUUCCCAUUGAGGUCCCAGACUCUCCCAUUCGAUCUUUCAAACCUCUCAGUGAAAUUCACAACCCUGAGAUUGAUUAUAAUGCACAAACGCGAACGAGGAAAGCAUCGCCAAAGGGUGGAAAUAAUCGCAAGAGGAGGAAAAUUCUGAAGGGAUGAAGAUCCUGGGGUACAGACAAAAAAUUCGAGUCUUCCUUCACGUACUGUUGAAUUGAAUGGAUCCCAAAGCUCUUGCAAAGUCUAGCGUGACAACAGCAUUUGAAAAUUUAAUGGUAAAACGUGAGAGUACAUUUGAAAGGUCAUGAGUGAAGAGUACAGUGGUUGGUAGAUUGAAGCAACACCUUGAUGCCUUAGAAACAUUAAAAUGUUCAGUGGUGGACGAAUUUAUAGUUUUUCAAACUUCUAGUACUAUAGCCGAGUCAUUGUCCAUACAAAUACUUUUUAUUUUGUUUACUUUUUGUACGCAACUAUUGUUUAUCCAACAGGGAAAAAGCAUUCUAGCAAAAAAUAUUGAAUGGAUAUCCGUUGAUUCCACAUUUUGGCUGAAUAACAGAUUGCGUUAUUUGGGUUUUAAUAAAGUUGAGAGGUUGUGAUUA